UUUCCUUUGCUCGCAAAGUGCAAACGCCAUUUUCAUUCUUGGAUGGUUUGGUUAGUAAGUGCCCAUUGGGUUUGUUGUUAGUUUUUUUUUGGAUUUCCCUUGCUUUGUCGCAAUUAAAAAGGUAAUUCCACCAAUAAUUAGGUUAAACACGUAAAUGUAAGUUACUCAAAUCCACGGUAAGAUAAUAAGCCUAUGUAGAAAAGUGUCCGGUUGGUAAAAAAAUAUGACACAGUUUCUACCUCCGAAUCUUUUGGCGUUGUUUGCCCCAAGAGAUCCUAUCCCCUAUUUACCUCCUGUGGCUAAGCUACCACACGAAAAAAAAAAUCGCGGCUACCUUGGAGUAGGAAAUUUUCUUCAUGGAUUCGAGGACCCUAAAGAUACUCCUCCACCUACCAGGGUGGAAACCAGGGAAGAAAGACUUGAUCGACGAAGAAGAGAAAGGGCAGAACAAGUUGCCUAUAAGUUAGAGCAGCAAAUUGCAGUUUGGGAUCCGGCCAAUGCUGCCAAUAUCACCACGGAUCCUUUUAAAACACUUUUCGUUGCCAGAAUAAAUUAUGAUACUUCUGAAUCAAAACUUAGAAGAGAGUUUGAAGUUUACGGGCCAAUCAAAAAGAUUGUGCUCAUCCACAACAAUGUUAAUGGUAAACCAAGGGGGUAUGCUUUUAUUGAAUAUGAACAUGAGAGAGACAUGCAUUCUGCAUACAAACACGCUGACGGUAAGAAAAUUGACGGCAAAAGGGUACUUGUAGACGUGGAAAGGGCUAGAACUGUUAAGGGGUGGUUGCCACGUAGGCUAGGUGGUGGUCUAGGUGGUACGAGAAGAGGCGGAGCUGACGUGAACAUCAAACAUUCAGGAAGAGAAGAUAACGAACGCGAACGUGAAAGGUAUAGGUUAGAGCGGGAAAGAGAAGAACGCGGUAUAACGGGAGGUAGAGAAAGAAACGAAAGACCCGAAAGAAACUUCGAACGAAGACGUUCACGGUCCAGAGAACGCAGAAGGCGUUCCAGGUCGCGUUCGCCUAGAAGAGACAAACGGCGCAGAAGCAAGGACAAAGUCAAAGAAGAUGUGGAUGAUUUGGAAAGUGUGCGGUCGAGGGAUAAGGAUAGGGAUAGGGAACGCGAUAGGACUGAUAGGGACAGGAAAAGGAGACGGUCUAGGUCAAGGGAUAAGGAUAGAGAAACAAGGAAAAGGGAAAGAAGGGAGAGACGUGAAAGAGAAAAGGAGGGCAAAUUGGAUUACAUCAAAACUGACGAUGGUGGUGAAAUUAGAGUUAAGGAAGAACCUGUUGAUGAUUAUGACUAUACAACAUAUAAUUCUCAUACAUUUGAUGACGCCGCUGUGAAAUAUGAAGAUGACAAUGAAGAAAAGUAUCAGCCGGAAAAAGAACAAUCAAAUGGUGCCAGAACUAGUAACAAUUAUCAAGACGAAUUUGAAGAAGGGGAAUAUUAAUAUUUCUUUUUAAUUAUUUAGGUAUUAUAGAGUAAGUAGCUUUAUAAUUGAAGAUGGCAAACUUUACAUUAUUAUAAUCGAUAUUUAGAAUAAAUAGAUUCAAGGUUUAAUAUAUUUCUGAAAUUUUUAAUUUGAAAUUAUUGCAUGUGUGUUGGUAUAGUAAUGAUUGUUUUAUUAUUAUAGUCAUAAAUCAAUAUUAAUUAUUGUGUAAUAUAA